UGGAUGAACGGGCAGAGUGCUCUCUUGUGUCUUGACAGACAGUGUCUUCAAGCCUGCGGCUAAUCAAAGUUAUAUUUCAUUCAAACGCUGCGCAGGAGCUAUCGUGACUGUCAUGGCGGCCGCACCUCCGCCUGAGAAAUUGUAGUGCUGCCAUCUACAUUGGCGGUAGUUCUGCGAUCUUCCUUGUAAUACACGCCCCUUAAAACAAAGACAUAUCACUUUUCAUUGGAACUUGUCCUCAUAAUUAGGUCAUUGUUACCAAUACGAAAUAUCAUUAGACAGUCGUUUGAUUCUAGGUUAGGCCUAUGCUUGAUAUCAAGACUGGCGUAUAAUAAAACUGUCGGUUUAUCAAGGCACAUGUGUGUGUUUGUAUAAGAUCGAUCAUUUUCUGGAAAGCCUACUUCAAGACUUGUAUCAUCUAGUGUCUCUAUACAUAGCCUAUACUGACAGACAAGGGCAACAUGGCUGGUGUUACUCUGACAAAGUCAUCAUUCGGUGAAACAAAGGAUGGGAAGAAGGUUGACAAGUUUACCUUCUCCAACGAGAAUGGCAUGAGCUACUCCGUCAUCACGUAUGGUGCCAUCAUCACGGAGAUAAAGGUCCCCGAUAAAGACGGGAAGAUUGAGGACGUCUGCUUGGGAUAUGAUGAUCAAAAAGGUUAUGACGCCAAUGUCCCGUACUUCGGUGCCAUCAUUGGACGGGUGGUCAACAGGAUUGCAAAUGGCCGAUUCGAAUUAGAUGGCGUUAACUAUACCGUACCAAUCAACAAUGAGGGCAACAGCUUACACGGAGGAAUCAAAGCUUUUGAUAAGAGGAUAUGGGAGAGCUCUCAACAAGGCAACAAACUUAUCCUGAAGCUUUUCAGUCCGGAUGGGGACGAGGGUUAUCCUGGUGACCUCACCGUCUACGUCACGUAUGAACUCACCAAUCAGAAUGAACUUAUCAUCAAUAUGAACGCCACGACUACGAAAGCUACGCCCAUAAACAUGGCCAACCAUGCCUAUUUCAAUUUAGCAGGGCAGGCUUCGGGUGCCGUCUACGACCAUAUUGCGAUGGUCAAGGGGCCCAAGUACUUGCCCGCAGACAAAGAGCUAAAACCAACUGGUGAAAUCAAGAGUGUCGUAGGGACUCCCUUCGAUCUCUUGAAACCCACACGGCUUGGCGAUGUCCUUAGCAAACUACCCGUGGUGGGCGAUGGGUUUGAUACCAACUUCUGCCUGGAGGGGACGACUGGCCGACGAUUCACUGCCAGAGUUGUGGAGCCGAAAUCCGGUCGAGUGCUUGAGGUGUGGACAAACCAGCCAGCGGUUCAGCUAUACACGGGAAACUUUCUUCAAGGGACUGUGGGGAAGGGAGGUGUAACCUAUCAGAAACAUGGGGCAUUCUGCCUGGAGACGCAGAACUACCCUGACGCCAUUAAUCACAAGGAUACUUUCCCGGAUUCAGUCCUCCGACCAAGAUCGACUUACGAACAUCAUGUGAAUUACAAGUUCUCCAUAGACAAGUCGUAGAAGGUGUCAUUUGACCUUAGAGAGAGAUGCAGUUCUUUUCUCUGGAAGGUUUUGCCAAUGCAUGUUCAGCUUCGGAUGUUCGGCUAAAUAGUUCACUUUUAAUCAAAUAAGAUCAAAUCUGAUACAUGGAUAAUCA